GCGAUUUUCCUUGCGCGCCCCGCUUGAUUCCUUUUGAGCCUCUUGAGCCUCGCUUGAUUCGCCCCUGCGCCCCUUCGCUCGUGCUCUCGCCUCGUUCACUCUUUUUUGUUCUUUUCAAGACCACGGGAGCGCGUAUCAUGUCGGCCGCGAUCCAACUUGCCCUCCAUGAUACGAUGGGCGCCGCCUUCAUUGGCUGUAUCAUCGCCGGGCUUCUUCACGGAGUCUCCAUCGUGCAAACAUGGUACUACUUCACGCACCAUCGUGACGCCUGGCACACCGUCUCCCUGGUGACGGCAGUCCUGUUCUUCGACACCGUACACCAGGCGCUCAUCUCGUAUACGGUCUACUACUACGUGAUCGCGAACUACGGGAGUGCAGUCACCAUCGGCGAGCUAGUAUGGAGUCUCCUAGUUGAGGUCUACUUCAACGGCUUCACGGGCUUUUUGGUGCAAGGAUUCCUGGCGCUGAGGAUAUGGCGAUUAAGCAACAAGAACGUGUGGUUGACGUCCAUCGUCUGCGUCUUCAUCUUCGCAGAGUUCUGCUGCUGUCUCGCAUUCGCCUCCCUCGCCCUCCAUUUGGAUACGUUCGCCGAGUUGGCAGAGCUACAGGGCCUCUCGGUCUCCGUCAACGCGCUCGCGGCGGCCGGCGACGUGCUCAUUGCGAUCAUCCUCUGCACCUUGCUGCAUAGGUCUCGGACGGGCUUCUCGAGGUCCGACACGAUCAUCAACAAGCUCAUUAUAUUCGCCGUCAACACGGGCAUGCUCACAAGUCUGUGCGCUGUUGGGUCGCUCAUUUCGAUCACCGUCGCCGGCAACACCUUCUGGUACAUCGCCUUCUUCUUCUGCAUGGGCCGCCUGUACACGAACUCGCUGCUCGCGACGCUCAACGCGCGCAAGGCGAUCCGCUCCUCGGCGGACGGCGCGUACAGCUCGGAGGACAAUAACGUGUCCAUCUUCUCGAAGGGGAUGAUGUCGAUGGGGUCGAGGCACCGCCCGACAACGACGAACAUCUCCAUCAAGAUCGACACGACGAAGGAGGUCGACACGGACGUGGAGACGAACCUGACGUUCGCGCAGCCGGAGGACUUGACGCCGAUAUCGUACAAGGCGCCCGAAUCACCCGCCUUCGGAGACCGUGCCAUCGCGAAGGACGACAGUCGGGAAGGCAACAGCGACCAGAGCAUGGUGUAGUGGGAUGGGAUUCCGGUUUCAGCGCUGGCUCUAGAUCUGGUCAUCGCGAGCAAAAGGAAGAAGAAUCGCAGUCGUCAUUAUAUCCUCGACGGGCUCUUCCUUUACCUCCGCUAUGUUACCCCUUCAUUCCUUGCUUUCCUUGCUUGCUCGCUAUCCGCAUUGUACUCAUUGUUUACCUGCUCCUCUUCAACCCCCGCUCCUCUCACUCCCCCACACCCUUCACGGCCCCACCUGCCGUCCUCAAUGUGUAGAAAAGAUGCUGUACAUAUCUCUGCUGACUCGAGCUGGCCAAGGCCAUACGUAGACCUCGCAUACGCUCUUUGUUUUAAUGUUUAUAUGAUCUGUCCUUAUCUUC